GGGCACACAGAAUUGUUACUGAGGGCCACAGAAUUGUUACUCAGGGACACAGAAUUGUUACUUAGGGACACAGAAUUGUUACUGAGGGCCACAGAACCGUUACUUAGGGCCACAGAAUUGUUACUCAGGGACACAGAAUUGUUACUGAGGGCCACAGAAUUGUUACUUAGGGCCACAGAAUUGUUACUCAGGGACACAGAAUUGUUACUGAGGGCCACAGAACCGUUACUUAGGGCCACAGAAAUUGUUACUUAGGGA